GAACAAAAUAAUCCUUUCCCCGGACAACCUUAUCCCUAAAAGCUCACCGAUCUCUCUCUCUCUCUCUCUCUCUGAUUCUCUUAGCAGACGCGCCGAAAUGAGCACAAGUGGUGGAAACGACAGCGAGCGGCUAAGAACGGUGUGGACGGCAGAGAUGGAUCAGUACUUCAUCGAGCUAAUGUUGGAGCAAGUGAAGAAAGGGAACAGAUUCGACGAUCACUUGUUCAGCAAACGCGCUUGGAAGCUCAUGUCUUCCUCCUUCACCGCCAAGUUCAAGUUUCCUUACGGCAAAGACGUUUUGAAAAACAGGCACAAGACGUUGAGGAACUUGUUUAGAUCUGUGAAUAGUCUCUUGAGAGAAGAUGGGUUUAGCUGGGAUGACAUGAAGCAGAUGGUGGUUGCGGAUAAUAGCGUUUGGGAUGUCUAUCUCAAGGGUCAUCCUAAUUCAAGAUCUUUUCGGAUAAAGUCGGUACCUUUUUACAAAGAUCUGUGUUUGAUUUACUCUGAUGGAAUGUCUGAGCAGAAAGCUCCGGAGGGAGAGACCAACACUUGUAUUGAGGAAGAUGAAGGUGACAACGGACUAUAUGAAUCAAAGAAAGGAAGCGGCGGCAGCAUCUCACGGUGCAGGACUACUUGGCAUCCUCCAAUGGACAGGUAUUUCAUAACUCUGAUGUUGGACCAAGCUAGAAGUGGAAACCAGAUUGAAGGUGCUUUCAGGAAACAAGCCUGGACUGAGAUGGUUAGACUCUUCAACGCCAAGUUCGAGUCUAGCUUCACUGUGGAUGUCUUGAAGAACCGGUACAAGACUCUGAGAAGACAGUAUAAUGCGAUCAAGAGUCUUCUUGGAUCACAUGGGUUUGGUUGGGAUGAUGAGCGCCAUAUGGUUACAGCUGAUGAUAACGUCUGGCAAGACUAUAUAAAGGCUCAUAGAGAUGCAAGGCAGUUCAUGACUCGACCAAUUCCAUACUACAAAGAUUUGUGUGUGCUCUGUGGCGAUUCCGAGAAUGAAUGUUUCGUAGCUACGGACUGGUUUGAUCCCGAAGCCGAGUUCCACGAGGGUACAACCGAUUUGUCUAGUUCAAGUGAGGAAGAAGACAUCAACUCUCUUUUGUAUGAACCCAAGAACAAAAGAGAUCAUCAAACUGGUACUACUGACACAAGCCCUAUAAAGCCGAAGAAGCCUCGAGUUGAUGAAACCAAAACCAUGGGAAUAGAAGACGCGGUUGAGGCUAUUCAAGCCUUACCAGACAUGGACGAGGAACUUAUAUUAGAUGCUUGUGAUCUGCUUGAAGAUGACCUCAAGGCCAAGACUUUCUUGGCACUAAAUGUGAAAUUGCGCAAGAAAUGGUUGUUAAGGAAACUCCGGCCUCAUGUAACUUAACACCAUUAUUAGCUGUUAAAAAAAUGCAGAAAUUUUGAAAGAUAAACAGAACUUCUUUGGCUUAUAUAUUAAUAUAGACUACUCUUGUGUGCU